UCUUUCCCUCCUCUCUCUCUCUCUCUCUCUCUCUCUCUCUCUCUGCAACUCCUUCCCCUCUUCGAUUCUGCUCCUCAAUCAGUAAAAACCCUGAUUCGGACAAACCCUAAUUGAAGAUCAAAUUGAUGUCGGGCGGAAUCGGGCCGACUACGAAGGACAUCGCCCUCCCUUCCGAGGGCGAUGACGAUACUGUCGCCGUCCCCAAACAUACUUCGCACCACCACUUCCUAUCUUUACGGCAGCUCAACGCACUCGCGGUCGCCAUCGUCCUCGCCGCCUCUGGCAUGGUUGCCGCCGAUGACAUCGUCAUUGCACUUCUCUCCUUGCCCUACAUGAUCUUCCUCUCCCGCUUUGCCUUUCCCCCUCUCCGCCCCUCUCAAUCCGUCGAACCCCCUGUCUUUGGGCCUGGUAAUCGCCUCCUAGCUGUCUAUGUCAUCAUCGGCGCUCUCCUCGGUCUUCUCCUUCCGAUCGCCUACAUCCUUGGCGGCAUAAUAGAGGGAGACAAAGAAGGGAUCAAGGCCGCCGCACCGCACGUAUUUCUGCUAGCGAGCCAGGUUUUCAUGGAAGGUGUGACAUUCUCUUACCAGUUCUCGCUGCCGAUCCGGGCAUUUGUGCCGGUUUCCUACAACGCGAUGAGGAUGUUUGCUCUCAUAGAUUGGGUGACUUGUGAGAUGAUGAAGGAAGCAGCGGCCAGCGGGGAACAGUGGUCGGCGCUGAGAUUGCUCGCCGGUAGGAGCUUGGCGCUGGCUAAUCUGGCAUUCUGGGCGUUUAAUCUGUUUGGGUUUCUUUUACCAGUUUAUCUGCCCAGGGCUCUCAAAAGGCACUAUUGCGACAAGGAGAAGUGAGGUAUGAGUUCUUUUUUUAGUAUAUGAUGAAACCAGAGGAUUUGAUUCUCUCAUCGUUGGUUGCUUUUCUGAUGAAUUUUGCUGCUUUUCGUAUGUAAUAAGUUAGUUUUUUAUGAUAUAAGAGAGUUGUUUUGAACAAAUAAUUGCAUUAUUUUGAUUUGGAGGCCAGUGAAGGCUGAGAUGGAAAACAUUUUGAUUAAUGAAAGAAGAAAUCAUGUCUCCUCCGUAUUUACUCAUGUACAACAUGAUUAGUGGUUGAGAGAUGCUUGUCAUUCAUGUA